AUGAAUUUUACUGAAACUUUUUCACCUAUUGUAAAAUUGUCCACUGUUAAAUAUCUUAUAGUUGUUGCUGUUAAGCAUGGUUGGUCUCUGUUUCAGCUUGAUGUGAAUAAUGCUUCCCUUCAUGGCGAUCUACAUGAGGAGGUUUACAUGAAGCUUCCUCAAGGGUCUUCUGGUGAUAUUAUCAUUCUUGAUAUAUAUGUAGAUGAUUUAAUCUUUACAGGGAACAAUCUUGUUGAAAUUUCUGCUCUUAAGAAGUUUUUGGAUAAUGAGUUUAAGAUAAAAGAUUUGGGUCUCUUGCACUAUUUCUUGGGGAUUGAGUUCAGUACUUCACCUGAUGGUUUAAAGGCUGACUCUGGUGGUUGUUUGCCCAUCCUGAAAGAGCAUUUAAGUCGGUUUUUACAAGCUCCCAGAUUGCCUCAUAUGACUGUUGCUUUUCACAUGUUGAGGUACUUGAAGGAUACCAUUGAUGUUGGGCUAUUCUAUUCUAAUUCUCCUGAUUGUACUCUCACAGCUUAUUCUAAUAGUGAUUGGGCAGCUUGCCCUGAUACUCGCAAGUCUGCCUCUGAGUUUUGUGUUUUUCUGGGUGAUUGCUUAGUAGCAUGGAAAUCUAAGAAACAACCUGAGACUGAAUACAAGGCACUCAGCAAAGUGGUGGCUGAACUCACUUGA